AUGAAACUCCACCGCGUGAAAGAACGCAACACCGUUAAACUCGGCAUUAACAACAUCGAAUGCUCCGCGUUGAUCGGCGAGAAAUUCAUGGACAACUUCAAAAUGGUACGCAAAUCAAACAAUGCCUACACACUGGAAAAAGUCGACAGUGUAGAACACUACAGUACAAUCGACAUAAAAGAAUCCGGCGCAGAUAACCGCAACAUCCAAGACGACGGCACAUCUCAAACACUAUCAAAGGAACAAAUCGAAAAACUCCGUGAAGAAAACACCAGCCAAGAAAUCCUGGAAAAACUCAUCACAAACUCAAAAACAUUCGAUCAAAAGACCGAAUUCUCUCAAGAAAAAUACCUAAAGAAAAAGCAGAAGAAAUACUACGGGUAUAUCACUGUAAGAAAACCCAGCAUAAGAUUACUCGCGAAUAUUUUCUUCAAAUUAGAAAAAACUCAAGGCGUGCGCAUGGAUGACCUAUCACAAAUCCUAAAUUACAGCAAUGUACAAUCCGGUGGUAGGUUUAUUUUAUACGAUAGCGGCACAAAUGGCUUGUUACCAGCCGCGAUUAUGGAACGAAUCGGUCCGGACAACAACGGAAAGUUGGUUUAUUUAUAUCCGAUGAAUGAGAAUCAACGCACGUGUCUACAAGCGAUGAAACUCCCCGAAGAGCAGUAUAAUCGGUGUAUAUCAGUGAAUAUACACUCUGUCCUGCGUUGGUUGAUACAAAACCGCAGCACGGAGGGAGAUUAUGUUCUCCCUGAAGACCAACAGAAGGAAUUCGAUGAGAAAUCCAGCGGUUAAAAGCCAAAAAGACCUCAAUGGCAAUACAAUAAUCAAUCCGCAUGUGAGAUAUUACGCGAGGGUGUCGACGGGUUGAUAAUCAUCGCGAAGGAACACCCGAUGAGUAUCACUACACAGUUUCUAGACUAUUUGAAACCCUCGCGGAGUUUUGUUAUAUACAGCGCCAUACGUGAACCCUUACAGGAUUUAUAUUUUUCGAUUGUGAGUCGGAAAGAUGUAACCAAUGUGAAAUUAAGUGAGAAUUUCAUGCGGCAGUAUCAGGUUUUACCCGAACGCACGCAUCCGUUGGUUAACAUGACCAACGGAGGCUUUUUACUAACAGGAAUUAAAUUAGUUUCGAUUAAAUGAUGAAAAUCAAAAUAAACUCACCUGAUUGAAAAA